AACACACAUUAAAGAUUACUGAAUCAAGGUUUUCGCGUACCUGUGUGCUAUUUUUUUUGUUAUUCUCUUCUUUUGCGUAUUGCAUGCAAUUCUAAAGACCUUGAUGGAUCAGGUGAAGCAACCAGUGUGUUCUGUCUUUGUUAUAUGCUUGUUCCAGGGAUUGAAUAUUGGACUGAACCCAAACUAACCCAUUUCUUUCUCUUAAAACAUCUCUCACUUACCUCUAGAUUGAGACCUGGGCUUAGUGGACUUCGUCCACGCCCGACACUCGUACAUAUUCCCUUCUUUUACCCUCUCUCGUAAAAGCAGCGGAGAUUCUCAACGGCCUGAUACAGACACGUAGAGCUAUCAUACAUCUGAAACGCUCUCUAUCUCGAUACCUGCAUGCAUCAAGCCCAUCAGUACAAAAGCCCAAGUAAACCCAGAAUCUUGAUUAACUGAAAAAUGGAUUUAUAAAUCAGCACCGGAAAGAAGAGCAUAUAGAUUUAGUGAUGCAGCAAGAUAGAGGAGGAGGAAGCGAACAAGGCAUGAAGCAGAACCAACAGCAAAAUCAGAGAUUGAAGGCUUUGACAGGCGAGAGUCAACAGCAACACCAGAACCCACCUCAAAAGUGUCCUCGUUGUGAAUCUCUUAAUACCAAGUUUUGUUACUACAACAAUUACAGUCUGUCGCAGCCUCGUUAUUUCUGCAAGACUUGUAAAAGGUAUUGGACUCAAGGUGGAACCCUAAGGAACGUGCCCGUGGGAGGUGGUUGCAGGAAAGGAAAGCGAACAAAAGUUUCUCCUUCCGGUGAAAACUCAAGGUCCCAUCCACAGCACAACUUGACAUCAUCGCAAAGUAUGAUCUCUUCUAAUCCUAUGCUCAGCGUAAGUGCUGCUUUGACAACCAAGGAAUCUGGUGGUUUGGCUUCUUCGUCUGCUAUUUCUUCAGUGGGAUCGUAUUACCCUGGUGCUGGGUUCUUGUCUUCUUUGGCCGCAAUUCAGUCGAUGAACCAACCGCAACCUUUUAAUCAACCUCUCAAUCAGGACUUGGGUGGUUCUUCAAAUUUGGGUUUGUUGCAGGGAUAUGGUGUCGCUUCUUUUGGGUCACAACAGCAUCAACCAAUUCAUCAAACCCAAUUCUUUCCUAUGGAUGACAGAGAUCAAAGUACUGUAAACAUGAGCCCAUCUGUUCAAGAAAGGUUGGUUCAGUCUAACAGGCUUGCUGCAGGUAACUCCUCUCAGCAGAAUUGGCAUCAAAGUUUCGUCAACAACAGUAACCCUACUGUCUCUGAAUUGGCGAUGUGGAGUAUCAACAACAGCAGCAGCAGCACAAGCAGCCCUGGGAACAUAAACACCAACACAACGGGUUUUUCUCUGAAUCCAAAUCAAUGGACUGAUUUUCCAGGUUAUGGCGCUCCUCCAUAGUGCGAACGUCCAAAGGUAGACAUCUUAAUAACUCUAAAAUGGAGUUCGGGGAGAAUCUUGUGAUGUGGGUUUUGAUUUCUGUAAACGAAAG